CGGCAAUGUGUGUUAUGUUACUGUGAUUUAGGAUUUAGUUACAAAAUUAAAAUAAUAAUAAAUGUUUAAUGCGACUGAUUCUGUGUUGGUUUAAAGAUUUGUCGAAUAUACCUUCAGUAAACUUUUUACAGGGAAGUGUUUUUGACAUUGUAUAAUAAGUAUCUGUUUUCCUUGUUAGGUUAGAUCGAAGUGAUACGCCUAAUUUGUUGGUAGGCCCUAGGCUAGGUACACAGAAUGAAGUUGGCAUUGAUUCCACUCUUAACUUUUACUCUAUAUUUAGUUUCAAGUGUUGAAGCUCAUAAUGAUUCGUUUCUAGAGAACCCAAAAUAUCUUAGUAAUGAAGAAGUUAAAGUGCUCUUCAAACAGUUCAAAUCCAAAUACCCUACUCUGAGUGACUAUUUUAGUAUUGGGAAGUCAGUGCAAGGAAGGGACUUAUGGGUUAUAAGAAUCACUAGUGAUGUAGAUCAAAAGUCUUCCCUCAAACCCAUGUUCAAAUACGUAGCAAACAUGCAUGGUGAUGAAUCGAUUGGAAGAGAAGUCCUAAUUUAUUUAGCCCAAUAUUUAUUAGAGAAUUAUAACUCUGACCCUAGAGUCAGAAGGUUACUCGAUACUGUGGAUAUAUAUCUCCUUCCAUCCCUCAAUCCAGAUGGAUUUGCAUCGUCUGUGGAAGGCUUAUGUGACUCGCUAGGUACAUACAGAGGCAGGAAUAAUGCUAAUGGUGUUGAUCUGAACCGAGACUUUCCAGACCAGUUUGACACAAACUCAGAUGAUAACAAUCGACAACCUGAAACUUUGGCGAUGAUGAAAUGGAUCAUGAACAAUACCUUUGUACUCUCUGGAAACUUGCAUGGUGGUGCAGUUGUGGCCAGCUACCCCUUUGAUGACACCAGGAAAGGUCAAGGUGACGGGUGUUGUCACGAAAGUAAAUCUCCUGAUGAUCCUCUUUUCAAAAAGCUCGCCUUGGUAUAUGCGGAUUUGAAUCCUGAAAUGCAUGCUGGCAAUGCCUGCAAACCAGAUAACUUUAGUCAAGGGAUUACCAACGGGGCAUUUUGGUAUGAAGUGAAAGGUGGAAUGCAAGAUUUUAAUUACGUAAGAGGAAACUGCAUGGAAGUAACAUUCGAGCUAAGUUGUUGUAAAUUUCCGAAUGCAACAGAUCUCCCUACCUAUUGGCACCGCAACAAGGAAUCGUUGAUUUCAUUCAUCGAGGCAGCACGUUGGGGAGUAAAAGGUUAUGUUACGUUUAAUGAAGAAUUCAUUCCACACGCCGAGGUUCAAGUUAAAGGGAUCGACCAUAAUGUUACCUCUAACCAUGAUGGGGGGUAUUGGAGACUGCUGAUGCCUGGGGAUUACGAAAUCCGUGCUGCAGCCAAAGGGUAUGAGGCUGGACCAUGGGUGCAGAUCAAGGUUCCAGAACAUGGUUUGGAUGCCAUUGUGGCCAAUCUAACAUUGGGAGAAUCACAAGACGUUACAGGUGUUGAACUGGAGGUAAUCAAAACAAAUAUAACCGACAAAUAUGGAUUUGUGAUACCUCAGAAAUUUAUCAACCGUCAUUAUCAGAGUAUGGAGGAAGAGUUGAGGAACAUUGCCGAAGAAUAUCGAAACAUAACUCGGUUAUAUACUGUCGGUGAAAGUGUUCAGCAUAGAAAAUUAUAUGUGCUAGAGAUAUCAGAUCAUCCUGGAAUACAUGAACCUGGGGAGCCAGAGAUGAAGUACGUAGCUAACAUGCAUGGCAACGAGGCAGUCGGACGAGAACUUCUACUACUGCUGGCUCAAUACCUGUGCCAGAACUACAUGAUUGACCCUAGAAUCACCGACCUAGUCAACUCAGUCAGGAUACACCUCAUGCCUUCCAUGAACCCUGAUGGCUUUGAGAUGUCCACUGAAGGUGAUGCAACUAGCUUGAUCGGACGAGCCAAUGCCAACCAGGUUGAUUUAAACAGGAAUUUCCCAGAUAAAUAUUUGGGAGAGUAUCAAAAAGGACAGCAGGAAAUGCAACCAGAGACCAAAGCAGUAAUCAAGUGGCUUCAUCAGUACCCGUUUGUGCUCUCGGCAAACCUUCACGGUGGAGCUUUAGUGGCUAACUACCCAUAUGAUGACAAUGCUGAAAUGGUGACAGGAAAAGAAAGCCCUACAUCUGAUAACAACGUCUUCGUUAUGCUUGCCAAAACCUACGCAAACGCUCAUCCCACAAUGCACCUUGGUCUCUCUUGUCCGGAUUUCCCUCCUGAAAAUUUUGAAGGAGGCAUUGUCAACGGAGCCAUGUGGUAUGUAGUGGCCGGUGGUAUGCAGGAUUAUAACUACGAACACACCAACUGUCUAGAGAUUACUUUGGAACUUGGAUGUUUCAAAUAUCCCAAACCUCAAGAUCUUCCCACGUAUUGGUUGGACAACAGAGAACCCUUGUUGAAGUAUAUGGAACAGGUUCACCGAGGUGUCCAUGGAUUCAUCAGAAGCACUGGUGGGAACGCCAUUGCCAACGCCACUAUCACAGUAUCUGGCAUUAACCAUAAAAUCACCUCAGCCAAAGACGGAGACUAUUGGCGCAUUCUUACUCCUGGCACAUACAACAUCACUGUUUCCCAUAAAGACUAUUUGAGUCACACGUUAGAAGUUACCGUUCCUGAUAAUACUAUUGGGGUUACUUUAAACUUUACUUUGGCCCGAAAUGACCCACGUUCUUGGGCUAUGGAAUAUGAUUUUGGAAUCACCAAAAGUGUUUACCCCACUCAACGUUACCUUACAGACCAAGAAAUCCUCGAUGAGUUUGAAAAUAUGGAUCAGACAGCUCCUAAAGUGGCACAGUUCUUUAGAACAGGUGACUACGCUGGCAUUGGUAUACCAUGUCUGAAAAUUUCUCAUGAGGUCGGAGGUCCAUCUGAAUGGAAAGUAAAGAUUGCUAUAAUUGGAGGCAUGUUUGCUACAGAGCCUAUUGGCCGAGAACUGAGUGUGCGACUUGCAAGACAUUUAGUUCGUGGUUUUGAGACAAGCCCGCCCCAUAUUGUCAGUUUAUUAAAUACAACUUCAAUACACAUCUUUCCUCAGAUUGAUGAACUUUAUACAAGCUUAAAAAAGAAAAUGCAGUGUCAUAUGGACGAAUCUCUGAACAAAGUUGCCAACAUUAUUUUGUCCAACAAGACUUCACAAAGCCAAUAUGCUAGCCUCUUCCUCUCCCAUCUAGAGACGGAGCGUUUUGACUUCAUUGUCAUCUUGGAGGGUGGCGGCCCCAAUACCAUUGUGUCUCCGUCUGGUGCUAGUGAUGAAGUUACUGAGAAGAUUUUUACAAUGAUGAGGCAUAAUUUUGUUUCUGGAACAAACGAUAUUCCAUUUCAUCCAUCUAAAGGAUGUUCCAUUUCCGACAGUGCUGAAUGGAAGCAAAGACUGCUAAACACCCUUUAUGACCAAACUGGCUCCCUUGUGGUGUCAGCCAGAGCUAGUUGUUGCCAAUACUUGCCUAUAGAAGAUAUUCCUGACCUGUGGAGAUCAACCCUAUCCUCCUUCAUGGGCCUACUAUCAACCUUCAGUCAAGGAUUGAGAGGACGGGUGAUCGAUGACAGAGGUGAGGUCAUGAGAGAAGCCACAGUCCAAGUGGAGAACUCCCGACACAAAUAUCACGUUACUCCCAACGACGCAUACUUUCACAUCGUCUUAUCUCCAGGACCAUACCAAGUACAGUUUACAUGCAAGCACCAUGAAGUUACAACACUAGAUGUGAGGAUUGAACCUGGUAUCAUGCUGGAUUAUGUUGUGGUCAUGAAGACUUUGCCCAUCGAUGCUUACACUGCUGAAAUCCUUACUCCUGAUAAGGUUUCUGGCAUAUCAGGUUAUGUCAUUGACCUUGAAAAUCAUCCUGUUUCAAGAGCCUUAGUCAAGGUUGCUAACUUCACUGAAAACACCGAUGUUGAUGGCAAAUUCUGGAUACCUCUUCCUCCAGGAGAGUACGUUGUCAAUGCUACUACUGAAGGGUUCAACUUGGUUACUAAGCUAGUCAGAGUAGUUCAUCAGAAGGCUCAGAAGGUAGUCUUCAGGCUGUCCAAGGACCAGAGCGUCAUGGGGCUUCCUCGGCUGGUGUUCAUAUUUUUGUCAGGAGUGGUCGGCAUGAUGUUCCUCGGACUUUUCUUGGGCUGUUACUUGAUCUGUAAGAAGAGAAAACGUAUGGAUGAUGGAUUUUCUUUACUACCUCAGAAAACAUCAUUUUUUGAUGAUGAAGAAGAAAAGGAGUUGUUCCGAUCUCCUUUGAAAGAUCCAGAAGAAAACAAAAAACUGGUAACACACGCUUACCAUGAUGAUAGCGACAUAGAAUACGACGACAGUGGUGAUUCUGAAGAAGAUCUGAUGGUUAUAGACUCAAUGAAGAGGUAAACCACAGAACCAGAACCAGACUUGCUAACUCUGGUUAAUUCUAACACAUCAAAAUUAUUUUACAGAAUUAGCAUUUAACUUGAUUUCUAUUGCAGCAUCUGUAAGUUUUAACAUAUGUUUUAAAUGUGUAAAAUACUGAUGUAAAUAGUGAAAUGUAUUAGAUGGUUUUGUGAUGUUGUCUUGAUAGAGUUUUUAAAUCCUGAACCAUAAAGAUUUCAUGAGUAAGGAUCUCUUUCAAAACAUUUGUUUAGCUAUUUAUAAGCCAGGUAGGUUAAAUUAUUGUUUUAGAUAGUGUUCCUAGUAAACUGAUUUUAAGCAUUUUUUUGUACAGAAUAUUGUGUUAUAUGUAAAAAAUCCCCUAUCUAAAUGGACCUAGGUAUAUUUUAUGAUCAACCAUACGAUGGAUAAUAUUUUUGAAACUGGUAAAGCAUGUAUCCAAACAAGCUACUGUACUCAGAAAUCAAUAACUAAACUAUAUAGAAAUAUUUCUUAGCCUCUAUACAUUUUGGCAGCUGUAAAAUUAAUUAAUUUAAGAUGAGACUUUUUUGUGUGGCAGUUUACAUUUUUUAGCAUAAAUCCCUUAUUUAUUUAAAACUACAGUAUUAACUUUACUUGUGCUUUGUAACAGGGUACAACAACAGUUAGUAACAGUUAGUCCUUGGACAUUAUAGUAUCACCACUGAUUAUGCUCGCUGAUUCUGUUUUGUAAUUCUAACAAGUUUAAGAUCUUCUUAGACUUUAAACGAUGUUUGAGUUGUAACAGCAUUCAUUAUUUUCGAUUAUGUUAUGACUGAAGACAAAUAAAACUUAUGAAACAGAACAUUGACGUUUUCAAGGGGUUCAAAUAUUUACCAAUCCGUGUCAAUGCUAUGUUAAUUAUUUGAUCUCAGAUUCAGAUUUCCCAACUACAUUGUGUCUACUUAAUAGUGUAUGUCUUUGAUUUGAAUCAAAUGGUUCUAUAGAAUUAAGUUUUUUUUAUAUUUUACUAGGCAUGAAAUCUUGUAGUGAAA